AUGGCUGGCGUUCAUCGGUCAGCAGAUGAUUUAAGCAGGCAGGAACAUGGUCUGCACUUCACAAAUGACGCUUGGAACGAUACGAUUCUCAAUGGAAACGAGUUUACACUGCGCUGGAACGACACAAUCGACGCCAAAGACGGCAUACUGGGACUAUUCAGGGUCACCUACCCACGCGAAGGUGUGGUGGUGUACGAGGCAGCACAAAACAUCACCAACUGCCUUCAACCGACAUACUGCAAAUGGAAAGCCGAGAGCUUAGGAGAUGAUCUGUACUCAUUCUGGCUGGCAUCUGGCCGUGGAUCCAAUGCGAGCUUCGCCAUCUCGCCGCCCUGGACCGCAAAGCAACCGAAAGUUCACAGCUUUACCUGGGCCGCGCCGUUUCUCGUGCCGAUAUGCUUGCUGCUGUUUCUGUACUUUGUGUGCGUGACAACAUGCCUGCUCUACAAAAGGCGCAAAAAAGCAAAGCGACGUAUAGAAGAGGCAGCACGUACCGCCAGACGACGCGCUAUCUCGGCGUCUGAAAACGAGGCCGAAGAAUUUCACAUGAUGUCGAUAAGACAUGUCAACCGGCAUGGAUCAGUCGAUUCCACAAUGACGUUGGAGGGACUUGAGCCGCCGGAAGACGUUUUAAGGAAACAGGAUGUGUGGCUAUUUUCCACCACGACAUCCUCCACCGCGGGCUCCGAAGACACAGUCGUGUCGGAGAGUUCUCAAACAGCGGAGCGAAGGGCUGCGCACACAAGAGCUCUCACAGAGUCCACUAAGCGUUGA